CUUCAACUGGGAAAUUUAUGCUGUAACAGUGACCUCGGUUUUUACGUCUAUGAUCAGCUCCACUCCAAUCAAUGUCACAAGUACUAGUACCUCCAACAUUGUGCUUUUCCACUUCAAACAUCGUUGAACUUGAGUUCUUCUUUCUCAUCCCAUGUCUUCCUCUUCGGAUCAAGACCAUACAAAUCGCGUCCCCUUGCAAGAAGUCGAAAGCAAACGUCCUGCGUUUAUCUUGACCUGGACUGAAGUGAAGUUGCUGGGUAUCGCGGGCGUAGGUUUCUUUCUCGAUGCCUACGACCUGUUUAUCAUCAACCCCGUCGCAACGAUGCUCCAAUACCGAUUGUACGGUGGAAAAUCGUUGCCACCGAACCUCGAAGGAUUCGUGAAAGCAGGAGCCAACAUAGGAAGUGUCAUUGGACAGUUCCUCUUCGGUUACCUCGCUGACUCGCUCGGCAGAAAAGCCGUCUACGGAAAAGAGCUGAUGUUGAUCAUCAUUGCGACUAUCCUCUGCCUCACGACGCCAACCGGCCGACUCUCUCCCGAUUCAUGUUUGAUCUACUUGGGGAUAUUCCGUAUCUUGCUUGGGGUCGGAGUUGGAGGUGACUAUCCUAUGUCAGCCAGUGUUACCUCCGAUCGGGCCAACCUUCGUAAACGAGGAACGAUGCUUGCCUACAUCUUCUCGAACCAAGGAUGGGGCUCGUUGGCCGGGUCUUUGGUAACGAUAAUCGUGUUGGCGUGUUACAAACAUGUCAUGGACGUCGAGGGAAAGACGAGUAAAGUGGAUGGGGUUUGGAGGAUUGUCGUUGGGCUUUCCCUUAUUCCUGCUUUUGGAACGCUGUAUCAACGGCUGACGAUGCCUGAGAGUAAGCGGUUUGAGGCAUCGAAGAAUUUGGAGCAUGAGGAGACUUUGAUGGAGCUGAAAAGGGCUAAUGGUCAGACCGAAGGAUUGCAUGAUAUUUCGUCCGACUCUAGUCUGGAAAAACCGAAGGCGGGCGCCCCAACCGUCGCUGUUAGUGGGGUGAAGUUCAACGCGAAUGAGGAUCCGGAAGCGUUAGCGACUAAGAAAGAGCAAGCGCAUUUCAGCGAAUUUCUCCGAUAUUUCUCGGAAUGGCGCCACCUUAAGCUCCUCAUUGGAACUAGUAUUUGCUGGUUCCUUCUCGACAUCGCAUUCUAUGGCAUCAAUUUAAACCAAAAUGUCGUGCUGCAACAGAUUGGCUUCGAUGGCAAGUCAGGAUCGGCAUGGGAAAGACUGUUCAAUGUGUCUACCGGUGGAAUUAUUAUCACCGCGCUAGGCUUUGUACCUGGCUACUACGUAUCGAUCUUGACUAUCGAAAUUCUCGGACGCAAGGUGAUACAAAUCCAAGGGUUCUUAAUGGCCGCCCUAUUUCUGGGGAUCCUAGCUGGAAAUUUUGAUACGCUCAGCCACCCCGCUUUUGUUGUCUGCUUCACAUUUCUCCAGUUUUUCUUCAACUUUGGGGCAAACACGACGACCUAUUGUUAUCCUGCCGAAGUGUUCCCAACGCGAUUCCGUGCAUUCGCACAUGGAAUUUCUGCUGCGGCAGGCAAAGCCGGAGCGAUUAUCUCUGCUUUGGCAUUUAACAACUUGAGUAAGGAUAUCGGGACACCUGCUGUUCUCUGGAUUUUCUUCGGCGUUUGUAUCCUCGGUGCUUUCUCCACGCUUCUCUUACCGGAGGUCAAAGGACGAGACCCUGAUCUCAUUUUGGCAGAAGAGAUCAGGGAAGCGAGAGAAAAUGCAAGGAGGACGUAGCUUGCUCUCUAAUCUACUUAUUUAUCACAUGUAUCCAACUCGCAAAACACGCAAAACACACAGUGUCGCU